GUGUUGGUGGGGCUUCGAAGGAUCACUGCAGUCGUGCCGCGACUACGACGCGCGCUCGCGGCUUCAUCGCUUCGCAUCUGUCGAUACACCUUACGUAAUAAUAAAUAAUCGAAACCAUCCAUCCGAUAAUCGAUUGUGAAUAGUGAACUCUCGAUAAUUAAUUGUGACAAUUUUUUUCUUAAAUAUUUUUGUAAAGCUACCGAGGAACAUACGUGAACUUGUUUAGUGUAACUUUGUGUAAUGUUUUUGUUUUGUUUUCGCACGGACACGAAAGAUUAUUUUUGGGCGUAGCUGACUGUGUUUAGUUUGAAUGAUUUUUAUUACAUUGAGACAUUAGUGUGAAUGAAUAUAGAGUAUAUUGAAGACUUCGACGGUUUUAGUGGCUUUUUGACUCGUCAGUGUUAUGUGGACUUUUGUUGAAAUUUUAUUGUGAUUCCAUCAUCAGAAAUUAUCAUCCAACGAAAACGUCGAAGGGGCGCAACACAAUAAGAAACUGAAACGUAAAGAACAAACGCCGAUAGCACGCGAUUGAAAAGAACAAUCGACUAACAUCGAUUAUAAAACUUGAAUUGAGCAUCUCUAGUUUGUAAACUGUCAAGGUUUGAAUUUAAAAAUGAGGUGUUCGAAUUUUGGGUCGUGCUUGAUGGCGGGAGCGUGGGUGGGGAUGAGUCGGGGCUGAGUCGUCGGGGCGUGCGGACGUCCGGAUGCACCCGACGGGCGCGGCCAGUCUGCCCGCCGCACCUGAGGCGGAGGUGCAAGCUAUGCACUCGAUGGAUUGGCUCUUCAAGAAAGAAAGGAUAUAUCUACUCGCACAGUUCUGGCAACAGAGAGCCACACUGGCCGAAAAAGAGGUAACCACGCUCAAAGAGCAACUGGCGACCACCAGCCCCACCCCCCUGCAAGCUACCGUCCCCCUUAAGACCAAUGGCUCCCAUUUAGAACCUACCAGAGAUCAGGCGACAGAAACGCGGAUACCGGAUAUAUUCGAUAUUAAAGAGGAGAAGCGAAGGACGCCAGAGAUUGAUGACGAGGUAGAACAGAAAAUGGAGAUGGCCGCCACUGGUAGGAGCAACAGCAACUCCUCGAGGAGUAGUCCGGUGGUGCAUCAGGGGGGCAACUUGGAGACGGAGCUCGCUGCCAAAGAAAAAGAGAUAGCGCAACUAGUGGAGGACGUCAGAAGAUUGCAAGCAUCGUUGUCAGCGCUACAGGAAGCGCACGCGCAGCAGCUGCAGCGGCUAGAAGAAAGAUUGGACGAAAAGAAACAACACAUAGCACGCUUAGAGGCGAGGCUUGAUACGCAGCGAGAUUACGAUGACAUCAAACGGGAAAUCAGUAUGCUCAGGUCUCUCGACCUGAGCGCGGGCGAGCGGUCGGUAGAGCGCAAGUCGGAGCCGUUGCGCUCACCGAUCGCUACACAAACACUCCGCGACGAGCGCAGCUCAGCCGAGAGAGAACGAAGCGCCGAGCGAAGGGACACAGGUGGCGAGGAGUGGCCGAGCACGCCGCCCCCCCUCAACAACAACACGACGCAUCACAACAACAACGGGCCCAGCUCGCUGCCUCUACCGCCACCCAGCCCCUUCCGGUUCGACGACCAUCGCCCGUACCGUUUCGCCGAAGAUAUGGGCCCGCUUCCCCCCGGAGCCCUAGUCGGCCGACUGGGCGACUCCCUUAUCCCCAAAGGCGACCCGAUGGAAGCGAGACUACAGGAGAUGUUGCGCUACAACAUGGACAAAUACGCGAACACUAAUCUAGACACGUUGCACAUAAGCCGGCGAGUGAGAGAGCUACUCUCCGUACACAACAUCGGGCAGCGACUGUUCGCUAAGUACGUCCUGGGCCUGUCUCAGGGGACGGUUUCGGAAUUACUCUCGAAGCCGAAGCCCUGGGACAAGUUGACGGAGAAGGGUCGAGACUCGUACCGCAAGAUGCACGCGUGGGCAUGCGACGAGGCCGCCGUCAUGCUACUCAAGUCACUCAUUCCCAAGAAAGUUGGAACAAAGGAUGGGUCGACGACAGGGUUCGGAAGACCCGAUGGAGAGGGAGAAGAGAGACUAGUUCAUAUCCUAAAUGAGGCUUCACAUUUCAUGAAGACUCCCACGGGACAAACGAAUAACGAUGACUCCAGGAGUAACGAAGACUCCAGCUCACCACGUACUCAGUGCCCUUCACCGUCUUCUAAUAAGGAUUCGAGUCAAAAUAGAAGAUUAAAGAAAUAUGAAAACGAUGACAUUCCCCAGGAAAAAGUCGUUCGUAUAUAUCAAGAGGAACUCGCGAAAAUCAUGACCAGACGAGUCGAGGACAUGCGCCACAGUCGCGACGGGUUUCCGACUGUGUUUCCUCCGUUUUUCAGCGGCGGAAUGCCACCACACAUGGAGCGGCCUCCAGAAGACAUACGCAUGGCGCUGGAGGCGUACCACAGGGAGCUGGCCAAACUACAACCGGGGGCGAACAUACCAAACCUUCACAACAUGCAAGGGGUGCCCCCGUUCCCAAAUCUACUUGCCCUCCAGCAACAAGCCAUGCAACAAGCGCAGAACCAACAUAUGAACGGUUCCGGCGCGGUCCAAGAUCUCUCAUUACCUAAAGAUAAAAAUGCCAAAAUGAAUGGAAUGACUGAUAGUGAUAAGGAUAGGUCGAUGGAUGCCGAAGAGGCUAUUAGGCAUGCGGGUAGCGCUUUUUCAUUAGUCAGACCUAAGUUAGAACCUGGACAACAGUCGACAGGGUCUUCCGCGUCCAGCCCAUUGGGGAAUGCGAUCCUUCCGCCUGCGAUAACGCCCAACGAUGACUUUAGCAGUUCUGCGGCUGCGAGUCCGUUACAAAGGAUGGCUUCGAUAACGAAUAGCCUUAUUUCCCAGCCGUCCAAUCCUCCACAUCACCCGCCACCUCAGAGAUCUAUGAAGGCUGUUUUACCGCCGAUUACACAGCAGCAGUUCGAUCUAUUCAAUAAUUUAAAUACCGAAGAUAUCGUCAGAAGAGUAAAGGAGGCUCUCAGUCAAUACUCGAUCAGUCAAAGAUUAUUUGGAGAGUCGGUGCUCGGUCUGUCGCAAGGUUCAGUGAGUGACCUACUGGCGAGGCCAAAGCCAUGGCACAUGUUGACGCAAAAAGGCAGAGAACCUUUCAUUCGAAUGAAGAUGUUCCUAGAGGAUGAGAACGCUGUACACAAGCUGGUGGCGUCGCAGUACAAAAUCGCGCCGGAAAAACUUAUGAGAACAGGAAAUUACAGCGGAGCACCUCCAUGUCCGCCUAACAUGAACAAGCCGAUGCCGCCGACGCAGAAGAUGCUCUCCGACGCGACAUCACUACUGAGCAAAAUGCAGCAGGAGCAGCUCCUCGGCGGCCACCUGCAGCACCUGCAGCCGCCGCUGCUGCUGACGCCGCCCGGCUUCCCCCCGCACCACGCCGUCGCCCUCCCCCCGCACCACGACAACAACAACAAGGAGCGCAAGCCGCCGCCGCCGCAGCCCCACCCCCACCACCAGCCCGUCAUGCGCAACCUCCACCAGCACAUCUCCCCCAGCGUCUACGAAAUGGCCGCUCUCACGCAGGAUCUCGACACGCAAACGAUCACGACCAAAAUCAAAGAGGCGCUGCUCGCCAACAACAUCGGCCAGAAGAUCUUCGGCGAAGCCGUUUUAGGCUUGUCGCAAGGAUCCGUCAGCGAAUUAUUAUCGAAACCGAAGCCUUGGCACAUGCUGAGCAUCAAAGGCCGGGAACCUUUCAUAAGAAUGCAACUGUGGCUGAGCGACGCCCAUAAUAUCGAUCGUCUCCAGGCAUUGAAGAACGAGAGACGCGAGGCGAACAAACGGCGGCGCUCGAGCGGCCCCGGGCAGGACAACUCCUCCGACACGUCCUCGAACGACACUUCCGAGUUCUACCACUCCAGCUCGCCGGGCCCCACCUCGGGCGCCCCGUCCGCGAAGAAGCAGCGGGUCCUCUUCUCCGAGGAGCAAAAGGAGGCGCUGCGCCUCGCUUUCGCGCUCGACCCUUACCCGAACAUGCCGACGAUAGAAUUCCUGGCGGCGGAGCUGGGACUCUCGACGAGGACGAUAACGAACUGGUUCCACAACCACCGCAUGAGGUUAAAACAGCAGGCACCUCACGGGCUGCCGGCGGAGCCGCCCGCCCGGGAGCAGGCCGCCGCGCCCUUCGACCCCGUGCAGUUCCGGCUGCUGCUCAACCAGAGGCUGCUCGAGCUGCAGAAGGAGCGGAUGGGGCUCGCGGGCGUGCCGCUGCCCUACCCGCCCUACUUCGCCGCCGACUCGAGCCUCGCCGCCCUCAUCGGCCGCGGCCUCGUGCCGCCCGACGACCGCGCGAAGGACCAGAGCGGCGGCCUCGACCUGUCGAUGCCGCUCAAGCGGGAGCCCGACGCGGACGAGUUCGACGACGACGACGUCGAGAGCAACCUCGGCUCGGAGGACUCGCUCGACGACGGCUCGUCCAAGGCGGAGCCCAAGGCGGCGUCCACGCCCGCGGGCGCGGGCCGGUCGAGCCGCCGCAAGCCGGCCGCGCCGCAGUGGGUCAACCCCGACUGGCAGGACGAGAAGCCGCGCAACCCGGACGAGGUCAUCAUCAACGGCGUGUGCGUGAUGCGCGGCGCCGACUUCCGGCGCGAGGCGGCCGAGACCGUGCGCGUGGAGCCGGCGGCCGACGAGCCGCGCGCGCCCCCCUCCGCCGCGCCCUCGCCCUGCCCCUCCCCCGCGCCCUCCCCCGCGCCGCUGCCCGACGACAAGAUCAAGACCGAGGCCGACGACGACCGGUGGGAGUACUAGGCCCGAGCGGUUAGUGUUUCGUUGCGAUUCAUCGUGAGGCCGAAGACUCUGUACAUAGAUUAGGUUCGUGACGUGCGCCCGACGGACGCUCUCGAAAUUGCAUUUCGCUUUAAUUAUUGAACGCGGAACGAGCGCCUCGGUCGAGCCGGGGCCUCCUCCGACUUCGAUUGUUGUAAAUAGAUAUACCAAAUAUGGAGUGCGGGCGGAGCGGCCGCGUGUACAUACGACUGUGGACGUGUAAGAUAUUCGUUGCCGAUAGUUAGAGCUAGGGAAGUUCGUUUAGUUGUUAAUGAAAUUUUAAAGUGCAAUCAGAUGUAAAUUUAAGCUAUGAACUAUACUGACCCGAGUUGAAAAGUAUUAUUAUGUUUAUAUGAACCGGUGAGGUUUUAAAUAUUAUUAUGAUCGGGUUACGAGUUUUACUUUAAAUUAUGAAUGUUUAUUUUAUACUAUUGUAUGUUUUCUAUAUAGUUUUAUAUUUAACCGACGUGGGACCGCUCAAGUUUGUGAUUUCUCGAUUAGCUGAUUUUAUAAUUUCUCAUUUCCCUGUAACUACGAAUUCCAUAACUCGUAUUUCCUGUUGUUUUUAUUUUAUUUUGUUUUAUAUAUUUUUAGAGAACGUACAAAUUUUAGAGACAGACAAACUCAUCUACGUUAAGCAAAUAACGUAUUGCUUGUGGUUAUAGUUCUAUUUUAUUUUAGCAAUAAAUUUGCUUUUAAUC